UAUUCGUUGAUAGCGGUAGGAAAUACUGGGCAUAGCAACAAAAGCCACCAAGUGCAACUAUAUGAUGGACUUUAACUUUAUGGGUAGUUUAUUUUUAACUUACAAACUGCCCGGUGUGUGUAUAGUGACCUGUCUGGAAGUCACCACUUACCACCUGUAACCUGUAAUACUUUACCUGGGAAUUAGGGCGCCACUGUGCCUUCAGCCACUCACUGUUAAAGACGUAGUAGAUGCUCCGAUCCAAUCAGAGAUGCCAGGCAGUUGCUAGACAACCGAACCGAUGCCUAUCUGCAGUCAGGCAGUGUGUUAGUGUUAAGUUUGCGUCUUGCGUUACUGAAGAGGAAGCAGAGUCCUGUCUUUAAAAAUGAAAAGUUUGGUGGCUUAACACGAGUCUCCGAGAUCUCCAAAAGUCUUUUUUCAGAACUGAACAUCACCUUCUUCAGAAUUACUGCUGAGGAUCUGCAGCAUAUUUGCAACAUCAGGGUAAGUGGUUUCAUCAUGAAUGUCCAUGUGGAACGAAAUUCCCAAACCAUCAGACCAGAGAUGCCAGCUGUCUUUGAUGGCAUGAAGCUGGCUGCAGUAGCCACUGUGCUGUACAUCAUAGUGCGCUGUCUCAACCUAACAAGCCUUUCAGCAGCCCCUAAAAUCACUUGUCGGAAUACACCUCUCAAUCAGUACCUGCUCAAGUCCUGCUCUAUCCUAACCAAAGAGUAUGUUCCACCAUUAAUGUGGGGUAAGAGUGGACAUGUUCAAACUGUGCUCUAUGGAAAGAUGGGUCGAGUGUCCUCUCCUCAGCCCUGUGGCAUGCGCUUGUUUCUUCCGAUGCAUGAUGGAGCUACAGCUACGUUUGACCUUUUUGAGCCCCUUGGUGAUCAUGUAACAGGUGAUGACAUAACCAUGGUGAUCUGCCCAGGGAUCGGUAACCACAGUGAGAAGCAUUAUAUCCGUACCUUUGUGGAUUACUCCCAGAAGCAGGGCUACAGAUGUGCUGUGCUUAACCACCUGGGAGCCUUGCCAAACAUUGAACUCACCUCCCCACGGAUGUUCACCUACGGCUGUACCUGGGAGUUUUCAGCCAUGGUGAGUUACAUUAAACGUACAUUCCCCCAGACUUGGCUCAUCGUGGUGGGCUUCAGUCUAGGUGGGAACCUCGUGUGUAAGUUUCUGGGAGAGAACCAAGCCAAUCAGGACAAGGUGCUGUGCUGUGUCAGUAUCUGUCAAGGAUAUUGUGCUCAGAGGGCCCAUGAAACAUUUCUACAGUGGGACCAAUGCAGGAGGAUUUAUAACUUCUUCAUGGCUGACAACAUGAAAAAGAUCAUCUUGUCCCACAAAAAAAGCUUGUUUGGACCACAGUCCUGCAAACUGGACGUUGGAGAUUUAAGAUGUCUCUACAUGGCCACAUCUCUUGCACAGAUUGAUGACUGCAUUAUGAGAAAGUUCCACGGUCAUAAUUCUUUAAAAGAAUUCUAUGAGAAGGAAAGCUGUGUCCAUUACAUUCACAAUGUUAACGUCCCUCUUCUCAUGAUUAAUUCAUCAGAUGACCCACUUGUCCAUGAGUCUCUUCUGACUAUACCUCACACCCUAGCAGAACAAAAGGAGAACGUAAUCUUUGUGCUGACGCAGCACGGAGGGCACAUGGGAUUUUUCGAGGGCACUAUGAUCUUCCCUCAGCCUCUUACCUGGAUGGACAAAGUCAUCAUCAGCUAUGCUAAUGCCAUCUGCCAGCGGAAGAAGGAAAACCCGCAGUACCACCAAGCCAUGGACUGUACGGAACUCAAAGGCAAAGCUUAGCAAAAGUCCACAUCGAGCAUGCUCCUCUUUUCACUCGUAAGUGUAACUAAAAUGCAUUCAAUGGCUGACUCACUUUCCUGAGUGUAUACUGAAGACAAAGCAAGGAAAAUGUCCCAUGGACCGACGCAUAUCUCUGUAAGCAACAGAAUUUCAUUACAAUACUUGUUCCCUCACUGCAACUAUAUAAUAUGAUUAUUAAGGGAGUACUGACUGUAUAUGAGCUUGCUUUUGGCUCUGAAGUGAUCAGAUCAGAAAUGGAAGUGCAUUCAAAACAUAACUGCAACCUUCUUUUUGUAAUAAGAUGGAAACAUUCAUACAGUGACUCUGUGUCUAAAAAUGCACACUCUCUGUGGUAAGAGGAUUUGUAAUGAGAUUGCUGCUGCUACUAUUCGCAGGCUGGUAAUGAGAAACUGAUUCUGAUAAGAUGGAUCUAGUGAGUUCCUCUGUGGGACGGUGUCACCCUCUGGUGGCUGUGGGUGAAUGUAUAGGAUUUUACUUUAAAAUGCCACACAAAUAUAACUAUAAAUGGAUAAAAAAAAGAAAACAAUUAGCUUGAUUAUCGUAACUCUGUUCCAUUACACCAGCCCAUUGUUGAUUAUUUUCUCAUAACCUCAUGCCUUGUCAUGUUUUAUUCUUUACACAGAACCAGAUAUAAAUGUGGAUUCAUUUUUGACUCGGAAUCUUAUGUGGAUAAUAGGAUCGGUUCAAUAGUUUGUGCUGAUGUAUGUUUUCUUACUUACUCCAGAAAAGACAGUUCAAAAAGUUUCAUCAUAUCACAGUAGAGUUUUUUUUCUUUCUUGUAUAUGAUUACAAUCUACAUCAUUCAGCGAUAUAUCAAACUAAGUGGAUAGUUAAAUGCAUCAAGCAUCUUUGACCAUCCCAGAUCCUUUACACUUACACAUAGAUCUUUAUGUAAAUAUGGCUACAUCUUCUUGCGGUUUGCACUGUUUAUAUCUUAUUGUGCUAUGAAACAAGCUUAAUAACAGAGUGUACACCAGGCACACAAAUAUAUUGUUAAAAUAUUCAUGCAGAGUAAACUAUUUUUAAAAUGA